AUGUUUGAUUUCGCUGGAUAUUUAGCUUCUUACACAGCCAAAGAUUGGCUUCGAAUCGUUAUUUAUAUUGGCGGAUAUAUGCUUCUUCGCCCCUAUUUGAUAAAAUGGGGAGCUAAAAUACAAGAGAAACAGCACAAGAAAUCGCUGGAGCAACAGGAAUUGGAGGGAACGAUUGAUCCUGAGAUGGUCCACGGAAAGGAGACUCGUCUCCACGGAGAAUUCGAUACAGAUGAUGAGGAGGAAGAGGAAAACCCUAAUGCCGAAUUACGUUGGGGCUAUUCUGUUCGUCGUCGUGUACGUGAACAGCGAAAGAAGUUCUUGACUGGUGAGAAUGAUGUUCAUCCUGUUUUCCGUGACGACGACGACGAUGACAAGGAUCUGGACGAUAUACUUGAAAAAGAGAAAAAAUAA